AGCAUACCAUAUCCAAUCAUUCUAACGGAUAGGAUAGAAAAGAGCAAGACUGUUUGAGUCUGAGAGAACUUGAAACAACAAUGGCUUCACUUUCCCUCUCUCUCUCCACACCAACAACACCAACCUCACUCUCCUUCGGAUCAUCCUCCAUCUUCUUCUCUUCACACCAAUUCCACACACACAAUAAUUCUUUCAAGUCCAACAGCUUUCCCGUUUUACCCUCCAAAAAACCCCUCUCCAUUUCCUGCAAGGCCUCCCCUCCUCUUCCCGUCCUCAACUUCUCCGGCGAGAGGGUCGGCGAGUCCUUCCUCGACCUCCGCUCCGCCCCUCCCGACACCGCCCGAGCCGUCGUCCACCGCGCCGUCGUCACCGACCUCCAGAACAAGCGCCGCGGCACCGCCUCCACCCUCACCCGCGGCGAGGUCCGAGGCGGCGGCCGGAAGCCCUUCCCGCAGAAAAAAACCGGUCGCGCCCGCCGCGGCUCCAACCGCACGCCCCUCCGCCCCGGCGGAGGCGUCAUCUUCGGCCCGAAGCCCCGCGACUGGUCCAUCAAGAUCAACCGCAAGGAGAAGCGCCUCGCCAUCUCCACCGCUGUUGCCAGCGCCGCCGCCAGUGCCGUCGUGGUGGAGGACUUCGCAGCGGAGUUCGCCGAGAAGCCGAAGACGAAGGAGUUCAUCGCGGCGAUGAAGCGGUGGGGGCUCGACCCGAAGGAGAAGGCGAUGUUCUUGAUGACGGAGGUGCCGGAGAACGUGAGGCUAUCGAGCAGGAACAUUGGGACCUUGAAGAUGCACACGCCGAGGACGCUGAAUUUGUAUGAUAUUCUUGAUGCGGAUAAGCUUGUGCUCACGCAGGGUGCUGUGGAUUACUUGAAUCAGAGGUAUGGGGGUGAUUAUCAAGGGAGUGAUGAUGAAGAUGAAGAAGAAGAAGAAGAGGGAUAUGAAGAGGGUGAGGAGGAAGGUGUAGUGGAUGGUGAAGAAGGACCUGACGCAGGGGAUAGUGAUGUGGUAAAUUGAGGGUUUAAAGUCUUCUUUGUGCCAUUUUAUAGAGGAAGUUGCUGAUACAGGGAUGGAAGGUCUAAAGUCUUAUUUAUUUCUACCAAUUUAUGUUUCUUUCCUUUCCAUCACAUAGGAUCCUAAUCUUGGUAACCUGUAAGGAUAUUUGCCUUUGCCCAAUUUCAAUCAUAUUAGCUUGCAGGCUCCUUUGUGUAAUUUAUUGAAUCAAUUUUGUUGCUUGUAGUUUGUUUUGUGCAAAUGCAUGUAUAUGGAUAAGUCAAUUGUUUUGAAUAAAUUUUGUUGCAUGUAGUUCCUCCCUUCCUAGGAAA